AAUUUUCUCUCCAUUUUGCCAGGAAAAUAAAACCAUAAUCACGUGCUGGAUGGCAUUGUGAGAGACAAAGGAAGGAAGAACGAAAAGCAUGCGAGUGAUUCUCGAUGUCUGUUUUUGGCCGGUUUGAUGGAUUCACGAUUACUCGUGUGGAAGGUUGAUAAUGAUUUGAGUGGAACUUAGCUCUUUAAAUCAAAAUUAUCCGAAAACAAAAGAAAGGGGAAAAAUGAUGGAGCUAGCUGUCCCUGUUUGUUUGUGGUUGAUUUUGGUGUUGGAUUUGGUUUCCAGAGUUGCGGGGAAUGCGGAAGGUGAUGCUUUGAAUGCAUUGAAGACCAAUUUGGCUGACCCUAAUAACGUGUUGCAAAGUUGGGAUGCAACCCUUGUUAAUCCUUGCACAUGGUUUCAUGUUACUUGUAAUAAUGAAAAUAGUGUGACAAGAAUUGAUCUUGGGAAUGCAAAUCUAUCCGGUCAAUUGGUUGCACAGCUUGGGCUGCUCCCAAAUUUGCAGUAUUUGGAGCUUUAUGCUAAUGACAUAUCUGGGACAAUCCCAGAGGACCUUGGGAAUUUAACGAACUUGGUGAGCUUGGAUCUUUACUCAAAUGCUUUAACUGGUGGCAUUCCAACUACUUUGGGCAAGCUUACAAAACUGCGUUUCCUACGUCUCAACAACAACACGUUGACAGGUCAAAUUCCUAGGUCCUUAACUGCUGUUAUGUCCCUGCAAGUGCUGGAUCUUUCAUUCAAUAAGCUAGUAGGAGAUAUUCCAAUUAAUGGUUCUUUUUCACUGUUCACUCCUAUCAGUUUUACUAAUAAUUCACUCAAUAAUCCUCCUCCUGCUCCACCGCCUCCUAUCCCACCUCCAGCUUCAACUUCAUCAGGUAAUACUGCCACUGGUCCUAUAGCUGGAGGAGUUGCUGUUGGCGCUGCCCUGCUGUUUGCUGUUCCUGCAAUUGUUAUUGCUUGGUGUCGUAAAAGAAAACCACUGGAUCCUUUCUUUGAUGUACCUGCUGAGGAGGACCCAGAAGUUCAUUUGGGACAACUUAAAAGAUUUUCUCUACGUGAACUACAAGUGGCAACGGAUUAUUUUAGCAACAAACACAUUCUGGGUAAAGGUGGUUUCGGUAAAGUUUAUAAAGGACGCUUAGCUGAUGGUUCUCUAGUGGCGGUGAAAAGAUUGAAAGAGGAGCGUACUCAAGGUGGAGAGCUGCAGUUCCAAACAGAGGUAGAACUAAUAAGCAUGGCUGUGCAUCGGAAUCUGCUUAGACUGCGUGGCUUUUGCAUGACCCCUACCGAACGGCUUCUAGUCUAUCCCUACAUGGUUAAUGGUAGUGUCGCAUCCUGUUUAAGAGAGCGUUCGGAAUCUCAAAAACCACUUGAUUGGGAUAUAAGGAAACGGAUUUCUCUUGGAGCUGCAAGGGGGCUUGCAUAUUUACACGAUCAUUGCGACCCGAAGAUUAUACAUCGUGACGUGAAGGCCGCAAAUAUAUUGUUGGAUGAGGAAUUUGAAGCAGUUGUUGGAGACUUCGGGCUGGCAAAACUAAUGGACUACAAAGAUACUCAUGUCACAACUGCUGUUCGUGGCACAAUUGGUCAUAUACCUCCUGAAUACCUAUCAACAGGAAAGUCAUCAGAAAAAACUGACGUUUUCGGUUAUGGUGUUAUGCUUCUUGAACUCAUUACAGGACAGAGGGCUUUUGAUCUUGCUCGACUUGCAAAUGAUGAUGAUGUCAUGUUGCUUGAUUGGGUAAAAGGGCUUCUGACAGACAGGAAGUUGGAAACACUGGUUGAUUCUGAUCUGGAUGGUAAUUACAUAGACGCCGAAGUGGAAGAGCUAAUCCAGGUGGCUCUUUUAUGCACUCAAGCCUCCCCGAUGGAACGACCGAAGAUGGCCGAAGUGGUCAGAAUGCUGGAGGGUGACGGCUUGGCUCAAAGAUGGGAGGAGUGGCAGAAAGAAGAAAUGGUCCGCCAAGAGUUUAACCAAAUCCACCACCCGAAUGCAAACUGGAUUAUCGCCGACUCCACUUCUCACAUCCCUCCAGAUGAACUGUCUGGUCCUAGAUGACCACUUCUGCAAAUAGUGCAAGUCUUUCAGCUGAGCUGGUUUUGCAUUUUAGGGUCGCACUCGCACAAGGUUCGAAUUUGUGCAUAUAGUGAGUGUCUCAUUGUCCUGUUUUCAUUUAGUGUUCUCAUUUUGGUCCCAUUGAUACUGCUGUAAUUUAGGUUAUUACAUGUUCGAUUCCUGUAAUUGUUAUAGGGAAUUAGGAAUGCCAACUGCAGCAAAGAAACACUAGUUACUAGAGAAAAACAGGGCAGGAUGGGUGAUAGUA